AUGCCGCCUCGACUGAACAAACGACAGCUGAGGGAACAGGAGGAGCUUCUAUCCCUCGAGGCAGCACGAGAUCCAGAAGGCAGCAGCGGCGAGGAGAGCGAACCAAAAACUAGCGUUCCUGCGAAACCAUCUGGUUCUGCCUUUGCAGCAAAGAAGAAGAAAAAGAAGCCCGCCGCAACCGCGCCUACGACUCCUGUAACUAUUUCGCAGGGGGCGUCGGGCAAAGUCGACCAGGAGCAACCUAGCUCGUCCCCGGGACCAUCCAAGCAAGAGAGGAAAGCGUUGAAAAAGCAAAAGCAAAAGGCAAAGGACAACAGGGACGACGUCGACAAGGCCCUCGCGGAGCUCUCGAUCAAAUAUCCUGACCUACGACAGGUCGUCGCGGCAACGAGUGCAUCGCCCGCUGAGAGGUCUGCGUCGAGCGCACUCGCAGAGCUCCUCGCCGUGUCCCUACAGCACCUCGACGCCGAGGCAGAGAUGCGCAAGUUCUUCGGUUCAAAGGCCAUUUCUGCCGCGAAGGCCUCCGGGUCCGGGUCGUCCUCAUCAUCCCGCCGCACGGCCAUGCAGCGCUCGAACCUCACGCGCCCACAGUCGACUUGGUCGCCGGCACAGAUGCGCGACGGCCUGUCUGCGCGGGUGUAUGCGGACGAGGAGGUACAGGAGAUAUGUACGCGACAUGGAUGGCAGCCGCUGCUUGAGGAGCGGGUGUGGACAGUCGAGUAUAGCAAGAAGUAUCGGGGCGUGACGCUUGCGUUCAUGCAGACUGUCAUGUCUGGCGACCCUGAGGGAUUUUGGCAGAUAUUGAGGCUUCUGCCUUACCACGCUGACACACUCUUACAAUUGUCCGAAGUCUAUUUCCAUCGCGAAGAGCACAGCACAGCAGCCGAUCACAUCGAUCGCGCGUUAUUCGCAUACGAGCGGGCAUUCGUGGGCUCUUUUAAUUUCACAAGUGGUGUCAAUCGACUCGACUUUGACCGUGUCGAGAAUCGGCCGUUUUUUCUUGCGCUGCAUCGGCAAGUGAGUGACUUGCAACGACGAGGUUGUGUGCGAGCAGCGUUCGAGUUCGCGCGGCUCCUCUAUGCGCUUGACCCGUGGACAGAUCCGCACGGUGCGUUGCUGCACCUUGAUUUCCUCGCACACAAGGCGGGCAUGAGCCAGUGGCUGCUGGAUGUGUGGGAUUUCUUCGCUACGCAUGCGAGCAAUGAGAAGGCGUACAGCGGCCGCUUGGUCCCAACUGCGUUGCCCGGCUGGGCGUAUGCACGGGCAUUGGCGCUGUACGUGCGUGAGGAAGAGCACCGCGAUAAGGAUCAUGGAGAGAGCACGAAGGCGCUGCAAGACGCGAUUAUCGCUUUUCCAGCCGUUGUUCCAGUGCUCGCAGACAAAGCAGACAUUUCGUUGUCGGCAGACGUGCGAAGGCACUCCGCGUUCCGAAUUCAUCCUGAUGCAAGGCAUUUAUACAGUUCACUGCCAGCUGAAUCAGCUGCCGUUCUCCAUCUCCUAUCCCACCUCUACGCACAGCGCUCAUUCUCGCUCUGGAAGGUCCCCCAGCGCACGUCCUGGUUCGCCAGGACCGUUGUCGCAACGCUUGCCGACCUCCCGCCCUCAUACGACAACACAUCCUCGCCGUACCGCGGCUUCGUUACGCUCUUCAGCAAGCGGGAGCUCACGUACUCCGUGUACCGUCACACGACUGUGCUCGAGGCAUCAUGCCGCCGGCUGUUUGGCUUCAUUCCCCGCGCGGUUACGGAUGCGAAGCAUCUCGCGUGCGAUCCGCUCCCGCCGCCAACGCGCGUGAGCGACUACGAUGAGGAGUUCUUCCGCGGGGCGGAAGACGCGCUGAACGUGCGGCCGCGGAGUCGGCGGGCAAACGAGCGGCUGCUAGAACGCUUGCUGCCCGACCCCGUUUUCCGGGGGCAGCUACAGGCAUUCUUCCAGGCGCACCCGGACUUCGCUGCGCGCUUCCCGGGUGGGCUAAUCCAGUUCGCUCAACUUGCGGGACAGCUCCCGGAGGAGGUGCUGGAAGACUUGAUGGUCGCACAUAUGGAGGGAGGGGACGGCGUUGGUGCGAUGGGUGGUAUGCCUGGUCAGAUGCCCGGAGAGGAAGGGAUGCUUGUCGAUUUUGGCAAUGCUGCGGAGCACGCGAACGCGCCUACGGAUGCUGUGCACCAUCUUGCCGACCAGGGGCACCACGAACAGGAUGAUGAAGAGGAUGAAGAGGAUGACGAAGAUGAAGACGUCGAUGUGGCACCAUUGCCUGUUAGGCUUCUCCGCAACAUUGUAAAUCGCUUCUGGGGAAGCAACGCUCAUGCCGAAGAGUCCAGUGAAGAUGAGGACGAAGACAUCGCCGGGCAACGCAGGGCUGAGCCUGAUGACAUAGACUAAUCAUGGAAAUGUAGAAGAGAUCAUAUUUGUAUCGGUGUUCCUGUUCGUGUAUUCUCUGAC